AUGAAUUGUUUAAUUUUCAGAAGUUCAUCACCUGGUGCCAGCGUGGCCGUGGCAAGCAUUCACAACCCGCAGCACGUGCACAUGCAGCGUCCUUCUGCUGUCCCUCUAAUGCAGCACAUGGCAGCACCAUCGCCACAAGCUCAGGGAACAACGGCUGUUGGCUAUUCGCAAUAUUCGUAUGUGAGUCAGGGCAGUGCUGGUCCAUCAGUGCAGCCGUGUCGCAUGCGUGCAGCAACUCCGGUGGAAGCUUCUCAUUUAACUCCUACCUCAAUGCAUUCGCAUCCCGAACAGCAACAGCAGCAGCAGCAGCAAAUACGGCCAAUGCAACAAGAGGUACUGUCAUUAACUUCCAAGAAUACCAAAUUUUCCCCGAUGGUAUGGAAAUCCAGUACUGGGAGUGCGUGUUGCUGGGAUUCACUCAUGCGCUGA